AGGCAGAAGGAGGAGGGAGGAGAUAGAGGGGAAGACAAGGAGGGAGGGAGAAGCCCGGAGGAGGGUAGAGGGAGGGGGCCGCCGCGCCGACCGCAGGGAGCCGGGCGCAGGGAGCACCGGAGGGCGGAGCGGAGUGCGGCCGGCAACGGGCAGCGGGCGAGCGACCCCACAGCGGCCCCCACGUCUCUGCUGCCUGCGCCCGCGCUUGCCCCCGGGGCCCGCGGCGGCCUGUCGCGCGAGCGCUGACCUCUGCGGAGGCGGCGCGGGCUCAGCAUCGGGCCGGGGCCGGGAGGGGCACCGGGGCCGGGGGGCGGCGCUCCGGCCCGGCCCGGCCCCGCCCGAUGUCCAUGAGUGCGAACACCAUGAUCUUCAUGAUUCUGGGGGCGUCGAUCGUGAUGGCCAUCGCGUGCUUGAUGGACAUGAACGCGCUGCUGGACCGAUUCCAUAACUACAUCCUCCCGCACCUGCGGGGCGAGGACCGCGUCUGCCACUGCAACUGUGGCCGGCACCACAUCCACUACGUGAUCCCGUACGACGGGGACCAGUCGGUGGUGGACGCCUCUGAGAACUACUUUGUGACAGACAAUGUGACCAAGCAGGAGAUCGACCUUAUGCUGGGCCUGCUGCUGGGUUUCUGCAUCAGCUGGUUCCUGGUGUGGAUGGACGGUGUCCUGCACUGCGCUGUGCGCACCUGGAGGGCUGGUCGGCGCUAUGAUGGCUCGUGGACCUGGCUGCCCAAGCUGUGCAGCCUACGGGAGCUGGGCCGGCGGCCGCACAGGCCCUUCGAGGAGCCCACGGGGAACAUGGUGCACGUGAAACAGAAGCUCUACCACAACGGCCACCCCAGCCCGCGGCACCUGUGAGUGCGCCUCAGGGCUGCCGUGUGCACGCCAGGACCUCGUGGACGCUGGCAAGCGGGACUGCGGCCUCAGGCCCAGGGUAUGCUGGGCUGUGGCCAGCUGGGCUGUGGCCAGCAGGCAAAUCCAGUGGAAGGUGCUGUCUCUUCUUUUUAUAAAGGGGUCGGGUGGGGGCUGGGGUGGGGAUGGCCACUGGGCUUCAGGGACAGCAGCCUGGUCUCCGCAGUGAGCAGGACACAGAGGCAGGCGCUCAGAGGUGUCAGGGCCAGGGGUGGUGGGUCCAGUGGGGAGAGGCCUGGCUUUUGCUAGCCUAAAGCCACAUCUCACUGAAAGCCACUGUUUCUUGAGCACCUGUUAUCCAUCCGUCCGUCCGGAGGGGAGGGAUGUGUCAGGGCCUGCGCCCAUCUGCACACGGGAGCAUGUGCAUGGGGCGUGUGCGACUGGAGGGUGGGACUGGAGGGGCGGGGCCCCAGCAGCAAUAAGGAUGUGGUGGCCCCAGGUGGCCCAGCCCUCACUGUGAAGCCCCCCCUGCCUGGCCAGUAAAUUCUCCAGAAAGCUCCA